GAAUCGCACUUGCUAUCAGAUUAUUCUACUGCAAAUUUGAAUACAUUUGAUCAGUUUAAUUAAGUGUUAUAAUUAAGUAACCAGACGACAUUGCUCACAUGCAAGCGCAUCCUUUUAGAAGACCGGGAGCGGGUGUGUGCAACUGACCGAGGAUGGACUCGCCUAUGCAGGGGUCCCACUGGCCUCCACUCGCGGUCUGUGUCCUGCUAUUGUGGAGUUCCGUGUGUGCACGUGAGUCGGUCUGUCAGGGGAUUUCGGUGCCACUGUGUAGAGGGAUCGGUUACAACUACACCUACAUGCCCAACCAAUUCAACCACGACACCCAGGAUGAAGCUGGGCUCGAGGUGCACCAGUUCUGGCCCCUCGUGGAGAUCCAGUGUUCCCCGGACCUGCGCUUCUUUCUUUGCAGUCUGUACACGCCCAUUUGCCUCGUGGACUAUAAGAAGCCUUUGCCGCCGUGCAGGAGCGUGUGCGAACGGGCGAAAGCGGGAUGCGCGCCUCUGAUGAGGCAAUACGGUUUCCCGUGGCCGGACCGAAUGAGAUGCGAUAUUCUCCCCGUGCAGGGAGAUCCAAACACUCUGUGUAUGGACUACAACAGGACUGAUGCUACAGCCUCACCAGCUGCUCCAAAACCAACCAGCCGACCGGGGAAGCCAUACAACCGGAAAAAUAAAAGCAGUCAUGGAUCUUCUUCAUGUGAACCGGAGUGUCACUGUCGUGCGCCUAUGGUGACCGUGAGCAGUGACCGGCAUCCGUUGUAUAACCGGGUAAAGACUGGGCAGAUCCCCAAUUGCGCAAUGCCAUGCCACAACCCCUAUCUUUCUCAGGAGGAAAGGACAUUUGCCACAUUUUGGAUCGGAGUUUGGUCGGUUUUGUGUUUCUUGUCCACCUUCGCCACAGUGGCCACUUUCCUCAUUGACAUUGAGAGGUUUAAAUACCCCGAGCGUCCGAUUAUUUUCCUGUCCGCCUGCUAUAUGUUCGUGUCCGUGGGGUACAUCAUAAGACUCAUCGCGGGCCACGAAAGAGUCGCGUGCAAUCGGGAUAACGAGGUGGACCAUAUCCACUAUGAAACUACGGGUCCGGCGCUUUGCACGCUUGUAUUUGUACUCAUCUAUUUUUUUGGGAUGGCGAGCGCUAUCUGGUGGGUGAUCCUGACGUUUACGUGGUUCCUCGCGGCAGGGAUGAAGUGGGGAAAUGAAGCGAUCGCACGAUACUCGCAGUAUUUUCACCUGGCCGCGUGGCUCAUUCCGAGCGUCAAAUCUAUCGCCGCGCUCGCGUUGAGCUCGGUGGACGGGGACUCGGUUGCGGGAAUCUGCUACGUGGGCAACCAAAACUUGGAAAACCUGCGGGGAUUCGUGGUCGCGCCACUGGUGAUUUAUCUUUUUAUCGGAACGGCAUUUUUAUUCGCGGGCUUCGUGUCUUUGUUUCGGAUACGGAGCGUUAUUAAACAAGGAGGAACGAAAACGGACAAACUCGAGAGGCUGAUGAUUCGCAUCGGGGUAUUUACAGUCCUGCAUACAGUCGUUGCCGUGGUGAUUGUGGCUUGUUACGUUUACGAACAGCACAAUCGAGAAGCGUGGGAAAUCGCGCAUGCGUGUAACUGCUCGUCGGAUAAAAAAGCUCACAAACCGGAUUACGCCGUGUUUAUGCUCAAGUAUUUCAUGUGCCUUUUGGUGGGGAUCACGUCGGGUGCGUGGACGUGGUCCGGUAAAACUUUGGACUCGUGGCGAGCCCUUUGCACGCGCCGCUGCUGCCUCUGGGGUAGUAAAGGCGCGAGCGGUUCGGUUUACAGUGACGCUAGCACGGGACUGACAGGAAGUUCGGUUUUGUGCGCUCCAAAACAAAUGCCACUGUCCCGAGUGUGAUAAAAGCGGAACUUCCUAAAAGACUGCAAACUGAUCAACUGCUGCUUUCCUGAUUUAUGAGAGAUGCCUAUUUCCAGUAUUAGGUGAGACCGGGGAUAGUUGUCACACAAAGAAGUUGUCACUGUAUUAAAUAGCCUACUACUGUGACGAAUAUUCACUGGAGUAAAAAUAAAUAAAAAUAAAAAAGUGUGACGACCAGUCCCGAUCUCUUCAACUACCAGUCAUUAAAUCACAGCUCAAGCCUGUGUAUGAGGUUAUGAAUGUGCCUUUUAAAGUGUCCAUACGGGUUUUUAUAUUUUCUUAUGUAUUU